CCUGCCUUGAGUUUGAAAUCACAGUGAAGCAAAGUGUUUUAGCUGGUGUUGCUCACACUUCCGUAUUAAACGUUUCUGCCACUUUCCUCUGAGAUGUCCCUGGUCUGUUUGUCAGAUUUUGAGGCUUACGCAAAGCAUCAUCUUCCCAAGCCUGUCUGGGAUUACUUUGCAGCUGGUGCUGAUGAAGGCCGCACCAGGGAUGAGAACCUCAUAGCAUAUAAAAGAAUCCUUUUCCGGCCACGCAUGCUGCAGGAUAUGUCAGCAGUGGAGACAAAGACCGCGAUCCUCGGUGCUGAAAUCAGUUUCCCUGUGGGAAUCGCCCCCACUGGCUUCCACAAGUUGGCUUGGCCUGAUGGAGAGCAAAGCACAGCCAGAGCGGCCCAAGCCAUGAGCACCUGCUACAUCGCCAGCACUUACUCCAACUGCUCCGUGGAAGAAAUCGUUGCUGCCGCGCCGUCUGGGUUGCGAUGGUUCCAGCUCUACAUUCACCGGAAGAGGUCCUUCUCCGAGCAGCUGGUGCGGCGGGUAGAAUCGCUGGGGUUCCAGGCCCUGGUGCUCACUGCCGACCUGCCGUACACUGGGAAGAGGCGGGAUGACAUCCGCAACAACUUCCAGUUCUUGUCUUCUGUGAAGCUGAAGAACUUUGACGGUUUCUUUGAGGAUGGAGACCACACGGAAUAUGGGCUGCCGCCUGGCUCUAUAGACCCCUCGGUCACUUGGAAGGACAUCUCCUGGCUACAAAGCUUGACCCGCCUGCCCCUCAUCAUCAAAGGAAUUCUGACAAAGGAAGAUGCUGAACUGGCUGUGAGACAUGGAGUCCAGGGGAUUAUUGUGUCCAACCACGGAGGGCGACAGCUUGACGGGGUUCCUGCAAGCAUUGAUGCUCUAGUUGAAGUUGUGGCUGCAGUGCAAGGCAAAGCUGAAGUUUACUUGGAUGGCGGGAUACGAACAGGCAGCGAUGUCCUGAAAGCCCUGGCACUCGGGGCCAAAUGUGUCUUCAUCGGCAGGCCGGCCAUCUGGGGCCUGGUCUAUAAGGGUGAAGAAGGACUUCAGCAGGUGUUGAAAAUCCUAAAAGAUGAAUUUUGUUUGUCAAUGGCUCUUGCAGGCUGUAGAAAUGUCUCAGAAAUUGGCCCACAUAUUGUUCAAUACUCCAAGUUGUAGCAAGCUGUCCUUCAGCAGGAAAUGAGCGCUGCGCUGGCAAAUGCAGGUGCCAAGAGCAACUGGAAAAGGAAAAGACCAUCCAGCUACAUGUCCAAAAGCAACCUGCCUUCCAUGGUGGCGUCCAGUCCUCGUAGGACAAGGCACACAACCAAUGGCUGACUUCUGCCUGGCCGUAGGCAGACCGCAUCUGCAUCACUCAGCUCCUGGACCUAGUCAGGGUGCCCUGCUGUGAAACACAACGAGAAGCCUCUCAGCCUUGCCACAUUCUCUCCCUGCACACGCCUUUCCAUGGUCCCAUCAGGAACAAACUCUUAACGGGGGCCGUUAAGACUGAUCCCCCCCACCGCCCCCCCCCACACACGUGUCUUCUUUACACAUUGCUCUCUCGCACCCCCCCCUCCCCGCCGCCUUCUUGCCCUUGCCAUUUCCAGGGCAGGCACCAUCUAGAGCUGAGCAUGUGAUAACAGCACGCUCUGUCGCAAACUCUUUUCUGCUAAAAAUAGAAGUGGCAUUGCUGGUGUCUUCCAGUCCUGUCUUUUGAGUUCCUUCCCCAAAGAGACUCACCCUACCUGACAGGGACUGCACAAAGACUUUUUGGUCUUUGCGUCCGAGUUUUAGUUGCUGUUAUUACAUGUUUUGCCUUCACUGGCUCUGGGCUUCUGCGAUUUUAGGAAUU